GGCUUCCUGGAUGUUCACGGAAACUCACCGUGUCGCUGCUUCCUCGUUUAGCCGCCGCCGCUCCUCCUACAGAGAAAUGACAGCAACCUUGCGCCCAUAUCUCAAUGCUGUGCGUGCCACGCUGCAGGCCGCCCUCUGCCUGGAGAAUUUCUCUUCACAAGUGGUGGAGAGACACAACAAGCCAGAGGUGGAAGUCAGGAGUAGUAAAGAGUUGCUCCUCCAGCCUGUAAUCAUCAGCCGUAACGACAAGGAGAAGGUUCUGAUCGAGGGCUCCAUCAACUCCGUCAGAGUCAGCAUCGCUGUCAAGCAGGCAGAUGAGAUCGAGAAGAUUCUGUGCCACAAGUUCAUGCGUUUCAUGAUGAUGAGAGCAGAGAACUUUUUCAUCCUGAGGAGAAAACCAGUGGAGGGCUAUGACAUCAGUUUCCUCAUCACCAACUUCCACACGGAGCAGAUGUACAAGCAUAAACUGGUGGACUUUGUUAUUCAUUUUAUGGAGGAAAUUGACAAGGAGAUCAGUGAAAUGAAGCUGUCUGUCAACGCCAGGGCUCGUAUAGUCGCUGAGGAGUUCCUCAAAAACUUCUGAGAGGGGAAAUCCAGGAAUACAUUCCGUUUGCAAUCUUGUAAGUCACUGUGGAGCGUUCCCAUCACAGAGCAGAGAGGAGACAAAAUAUGACCAGCGAAGGGAGGUGGAGAAAUACAAGAUGUACAGGAAAGAUGUACAGGCCAGUGGGGUUUCACCCUUUAACUUUAAAAUGCACCUGUGCUCAAAAAUAUUGAUGUUUGUACAUAAUGAAUAUUAACACCAGACAUUAAUUUCUGCCUUUGGAACAUGAAGUCAGGGCAGGUCCUUAAAAAGAUGUGUUAUCGAUAUUAAUGAGCACAGGAUAAUAUGGAUUUUUCAGAUAAUUUAAAUGUUGUUUUUUUAAAAUAUAUAUAUAUUAUAUAUUAUAUGCACAUAAAUUUCAUUUUGCUAUGUUUUGUUACAACAAACCUUAAACAACAAAGGCAAUCAAUUAGUUCAUGUUUCUUGUUUUAGUACACAGAGGACCCUAUUGUAGAUGAAACAAAUUCAAAUAAAUAUACUUGCUGGCAGUGAAGUUAAAUAAAAAUGUUGUACUUUG